AUGAGCAAAUGUCCAGACGCCCGGGAUUGUCUGCAAAAAUUGGUAGUUCCUACCAUGGAGCAAAUCAGUGACAAAGUAGACUUUGGGUUGUCAUUCAUUGCAAGUGUAUCCAACAAGUCUACUGAUGUAGUAUGCAAACAUGGUCCUGCUGAAUGCAUAGGGGAUAUGCUCAUUCUCUGUGCUGCGAAUCUCCCUUUUCCACCGGAGGGACGAAGCACGCAUCGCACCCCAACGAUCCGCUCCCUGGGCUUCGCCAACUGCCUGAUCAGUUCCUAUGAGAAGAUCCCGGAGCGCUCAUUCGUCGAGCAAUGCGCUUUAGAGCAUGGCAUUGAUUUUGAUGCCUUGAACGAGUGUGCCAGCCAGCAGGACGAUGACCCUGGCCAUGACGGAGGGGACAAGGAUCCCCUUAGCGGUAUUGCGCUGCUCCGCAAGAGUGCCCUGUACAGCGAGGCACUUGGUGUCAGAACUAGCUGUACCGUCCGGCUAGAUGAGCAUGUGUGGUGUGUUCGUGACGACGGCGUGUGGAAAGACUGUGUCCAAGGAGGAAGAGGUAGUCAGGUUUCGGUUCUUGUUGAGGAGAUUGAGAAGAUUUGGAAAGAGCGGAAUUAA